AUGACAGUGCCAAAAACCAAUGAAACUACUUGUUUCACACGUUCUUUAAUGAAUAGUUUUAAUGGACAAGGUAUUGCUAUUUCGGCUGCUGAUAAACAUGUUGGUGAAUUAUCAAGUUUGAUUCUAGUUUUAAGAGCAUUGAACAACAAAUUACCAAUUCAAAUUAUUCACAGAGCUUAUGUUCAAGCUAAUUUUGAACAUGUUAGAGAUUUGGAUGUUGAAACAAUUUUCCCUAAGCAAGAGAUUUGGUUUGUCAAUACCACUUCUGCUAUUAAUCCUAAUGAUAGAAGAUUUAUCUCUUAUGGUAACAAAUUGUUAACUUUGCUGUUUAGUUCAUUUGAAGAUACCGUUUUGAUUGAUACUGAUACUGUUCCAUUUGUUGAUAUUGAAGAGUAUAUUUUAAAAUCAGAUGUUUAUCAAGAUAAAGGUGCAUUUUUCUUCAAGGAUCGUCAAUUAUAUGAUCAUAUAACAGGACCAGAACUAACAUAUUUCAAAAAAUUAUUACCAAAUAGAUUGGAUAAUGCCUUUUUCCAGAUUCCAGAAUUGACAAAUUUCACAAUGGAUAAUAGAUUUUUUGGUCAACAUUAUAAGCAUGUUCAAGAAUCCGGUAUGGUUGCAAUCAAUAAGAAAAAACAUAUGAGAAGUACUUUAACUAUUAAUGUCCUACAAAUGUGGCAUGCAGCAACCACGAGAGUGCAUGGUGAUAAGGAAUUAUUUUGGUUGGGAUUUUCAAUUGCAGGUGAUGAAGAUUAUUAUAUGAAUAAAUAUGGUGUUGGUGCAGUGGGUCAAUUAAAUCCAAAUUCAAAUAGAUUAUUGGGUGAUAAAGAUGAUUCAAGAAGGUCUAAACUAAAUUCCCAUCAAUUAUGUACAACACAUCCAGCACAUUUAUCAGGAUUAGAUGAUACUACAUUAUUAUGGAUGAAUUCAGGUUUCAUCACAUGUAAGCGUGAAAAUGAAGCUGAGAAAGAUAUUGCAAUGGAUUUAUACAAGAAUGUCUUUGAUAAUGCUGAACAGUUGAAGAAAACUUAUGUCGGUCCUUUGAAGAUUAGUGCUGUUUUAGUUCCACCACCUCAAGAACGUGUUAGAAAUAAUGAUUUAGGUGAACCUGCUUCAGGUUGGGAAGUUAUGUUUGGUUGUGGUGGUUAUCUAUAUUGUGCUUAUGAUAAUGUCGGUGGUGGUAAUGAUACUUAUUACCAAGGAACUUUAGUUGAAUAUGAUUCAUCUCAACAAUUGUUGUAUGAUUAUCUUGGUGAACUUUGGGUUUACUAUCAAAAGGUUAUCAAGAAAUGA